AUCUUAAAAACACACACACACACACACACACAAAAGACACCUGUGUCCACCUGUUCGACACUCUCCCCCGUUUUCUUAAUAUUUCCUCUUUCCUCUCUGACAGGCCUCCUCCUCAACCUCCGCGGCUGUAACAGGCCUGACUCGCAGCUACAGCACGGUCAGCGUGUGUGUGUGUGUGAGAGAGUGUGUGUUCUGUACCAGACGUAAAGUCUAUCUCACUCUGUGGACACAUUGCUCCGAUAGACGCUCACUGUGGGAAUUUAAAUGGAGCUGCUGCACACUAAGAGCUUCAGUCAGAUAAUCUGACACUAUUAAAAACAUACAUAUAUAUGUACCAGUAAAUGGUCAGCGUCAUGGUGGGUUUAAAGACAUGAAAGAUGUGGUGUUUUCUGAUUCAUGGUGUGUUUAAGGACCUUUAAACUGAUAUGUUUUUCUGAGUUAUCUCCAUGUGUCUUCAGGCUUCUGUGUAUGAUGAUGCUGCACUGUGCGGCUCGGGCUACAGUUCCAAAGCUCCCUCUGAAUACAGCUGGUACUCCUCUGCAGCCAGCUCCACCCGCAGCAGCCCUGUGUCUUCCUCUGAUGAAGACACAGUGAGCAGUGUGUCUCAGGAGCGAGGCAGCAGAGGUCGCAGAGACAGUGUGUUGUCUGAUUUCUCUGACAUCAGUGAGUCAGCAGCAGAUUAUUUCAGUCGCUCUAACAGACGAGGCAGCGUGGUGUCAGACCUCGAUGAUCUGAUGGUCCCUGACCUCGACGCACUGGACGACAAAUGUGAUAAACAGUAUUCAGACUUCAGCCGGCCGUCGUCUCGCUGUGCGACGCCCGGCCUCUCAGCAGCCACUCUGGCGUCUCUUGGCGGCACGUCGUCACGUCGUGGUAGCACGGACACAGGCAGCAUCUACGACCCCGACACCAGCCUGAGCGAGCUGAGGGACAUCUAUGAGCUAAAGGACCAGAUUCAGGAUGUAGAGGGGCGCUACAUGCAGGGGCUCAAAGAGCUGAAGGAGUCCCUGGUGGAGGUGGAGGAGAAAUAUAAGAAAGCGAUGGUGUCUAACGCUCAGCUGGACAACGACAAAGGAAACCUGAUCUACCAGGUGGACACGUUGAAGGACGUGAUCGAGGAGAUGGAGGAGACGACGGCGGAGAUGAAGAGAGAGCUGGAGGAAAAAACUAAGGAGCUGGAGCGGCAGAAGCACACCUGUUCGGUUCUGCAGCACAAACAGGAAGAACUGAAGGAGGGGAUCAGACAGAGAGACGAGCUCAUAGAGGAGAACCAGAGGCUGCAGACUCAGGUAGACACCCUCAGCAGGGAGAUGUUCGACCUGCAGGAGACCAUAAACUGGAAGGACAAAAAGAUCGGGGCUCUAGAGAGACAGAAAGAGUACUUUGAUUGCAUUAGGAGUGAGAGAGACGAGCUCCGAGACGAGCUCUCUGACAUCAAAGUGAAGAUGAAGACGGAGAAACAUGGACUUGUCAUUAUCCCAGAUGGGACUCCAAACGGAGACGUGGAUCUCGAGUGUCCGUCCUCAGGUAUUACGGUGGUCUCUCAGGAGGCCGCCCAGGUGCUGGAGUCUGCAGGGGAGGGUCCUUUAGAUGUGCGGCUUCGUAAGCUGGCGGAGGAGAAAGACGAGCUGCUGUCUCAGAUCAGGAAGUUGAAGAAUCAGCUGGAGGAUGAGAGACAGAAACAGUCGAAGACAGACGGUGCGUUCACUGACGGGGAGAGAGUGGAGAACGGUACAGACCUUCACUUCAUCGAGAUGCAAAGAGACGCUAACAGACAGAUCAGUGAAUACAAAUUCAAAAUCUCUAAAGCAGAACAGGAAAUGGGUACGAUGGAACAAAAUAUCAACAGACUUGAAGGUCAGGUGAGUCGUUACAAAGCUGCUGCAGAUAAUUCUGAACGAGUGGAGGACGAACUGAAGGUGGAGAAACGUAAACUACAGAGAGAGCUGCGUACGGCUCUGGAUAAGGUGGAGGAGAUGGAGAUGACCAAUAACCACCUGGUGAAGCGUUUGGAGAAGAUGAAGGCCAAUAGGAACGCUCUGCUGUCUCAGCAGUGAGCAGCGUCUUCUCACCAUCAAGCCUUUAAAUCUCCUCCCACUGCCAAACUGCGUCUGCAGCAACUCUAAGCGCAAACACUCGGACAUUAGUAACCUCUAAAAGUAGCAGAAGAAGAGCACAUGCGUGUUCACCACAGGGAGAGAGGCGAGGACAUUUCACUACGUAAUCUGUCAUGUUUAAUUCUCUGCUCGGGGGCGGGGCUUUGUUUUGUUUUGUUUUGAUAAGUUGCAUGAAUGAGUAAAAAGCUUUUAAAGCGUGACGGCUGCUCCGCUCUUUCCUCACAGUGAAGUGCCUUUUACACGAGCUGACGAUUCUCUGAAAGGUUUCAAAUAUUUAAAGAUUUCUGCUCAAUAAAAGUGUGAUUUACA